AUAAAAAUUAUUAAAUGGAGUCUCUUUCUCACUCUUUCUCUCUCCUUGGAAAAAAUAGAAAAAGCAAACCUUUCUUCUUCAUCAUCUUCUUCUACUUCAUCUACUUCAUCUACAGAACAGAGCAGAGAAAGAGAGACACCACCAAUGAAAGACUCUCCCUUUUUUCUGAAACUGAAAAUUCUAAACUAAAACAUGCCCUCUCGAUUCAUAAUCCCAACAGUUCCGUCACCGGCGCCGGUGCCGGCGCCGACACCGUCAACCUCAGCCAAACCCCACAACCAUAAUAUCCCUCUACUUCCUCCCCUAACAGCUUUCUCUUUCCUCUUCUUCUUCCUCAUAAUAUGCUGUUUUCGUAAGAAGAGAAUCGAAUCCCCAAAACCACCACCUCACAGCCUCCCUUAUUCCGUCCUCCGCCGCGCCACCGACUCAUUCGCCGCCUCACGCCGGCUCGGCCAAGGUGGCUUUGGCCCAGUUUUCCACGGUAAGCUUCCAAAGACGAAUCAAGAGAUUGCCGUGAAGGUUAUGGACUCUGGGUCUCUUCAGGGAGAGAGAGAAUUUCAAAACGAGCUCUUUUUCGCUGCUUCGAUGAUGAUGAAGCUCGAUGACUCAAAACGACAUGUCGUUUCGGUAUUAGGGUUUUCAUCUGAUAGGAAACGUAGAAGGAUGUUAUUGGUUUAUGAUUUUAUGGAGAAUGGGAAUUUACAGGAGGCUCUGUUGCAUAAGAAAUGCCCUGAAUUGAUGAAGUGGAGUAACAGAUUUAGGGUUUCGAUUGAUAUAGCUAAAGGUUUGGAAUUUCUUCACCAUGGAUUGGAUCAACCGAUUAUUCAUGGUGAUAUUAAGCCUAGUAAUAUACUUUUAGAUAAAGGUUUUAAUGCUAAGAUUGGGGAUUUUGGUUUAGCUAGGUUGAAGAAAUUGGAUUCCCAAACUGAGUUAGUUGUUGUUGAUGGGUUUAAUGGAGUUAAGAAGACCAAUUGUAGUGAUGAUUAUGGUGAAAUUGAGAGUGUAACUACUGGAUUUGAAGAUUCUAAUGUGACCCCUUUUGAUUUUUCACCAGAUGUUUGUGUAAAGGUUGAAUCUUUUUCUCCUGAGCCAGUUGUAGUAAUGGAGAUGGAGUCUCCGGUGGUGGCGGUGGAGGCUGAGUCUUCGCCUGAGCUGGUUCAGAAGUUAAGCCCUUUAAAUGUGAAAGAGUAUGUGAUGGAGUGGAUUGGUAGUGAGAUUAAUAAUGAGAGGCCUAAGAUUGGAACAAUGGCGGGAUCUUCUAGCUUUGAUCCUGUGGAAAAAACAACUGAGGAGAUGAAGAAGAAGAAGAAGAGGAGUAGUAGGAAGCAAUUGGAUUGGUGGAUUUCUAUGGAUGAAGAGAAGAGUGCGAAAAUGUUGAAGAAGAAAAAGGAGAAGAGAUUAAGGCCUGGGAGGGAAUGGUGGAAGGAAGAGUAUUGUGAAGAGUUAGCUAAGAAAAAGAAGAAAAGAAUGAAGCAACAACAGAAAGAGAAGACUGAUAAUGGCGAUAAUGGCGACGAUUGGUGGUUAGAUGAUGAGGAAUUGUACAAAAGUAGAAGAAAAAGAAACAAGGGUAGUUUAGAUUGGUGGUUAGAUGGGCUUAGUGGUGAACUCAGGCGCGGUUGGAGGAGUGGUAGUCAUGAUUCGGGUAGUAGUGAAAUCCCGAAAAGUGGGGGCUAUAGUAGUACUACUACUCCUAGUAUGAGGGGAACUGUGUGUUAUGUUGCCCCCGAAACAGGUUUUGGGGGAAAUCCAUCUGAGAAGUGUGAUGUUUAUAGUUUCGGGGUCACAUUGUUAGUCCUUAUAGCGGGGAGGCGUCCUCUUCAGGUUACAGAUUCGCCUAUGUCUGAGUACCAACGGGCGAAUCUAUUGUCAUGGGCUCGACAUCUUGCUCGAGCUGGAAAACUUAUUGAUCUUGUUGAUAAGUCUAUUCAAUGUUUGGAUAAAGAACAAGCUCUACUUUGUAUUAAUGUUGCAUUACUAUGUUUACAAAAGAUACCGGCUCGCAGGCCUUCGAUGAAGGAGGUUGUGGGAAUGUUAACUGGUGAAUUGGAAUUGCCUCAGUUACCUGAUGAUUUAUCACCUUCACCUCCUCCUCAGUCUAGAUUCCCUUACAAGUCUCAUAAAAAGGUAUGGUGAGCUUUCUAUAUCUAAUGUCUUGUUUUUUGAUGUUUUGUUUUAUAAUUAAUGUUAACUGUAGAAUGCAAUACUCUGAUGAUGAUGAUUUGUUUGUGUACAAAGGAAAAGAAACUAUGAUAUGAUAUAUAUAGUUUAUUACAUUUUACAUUGAUAUCAAUGGAGUUGAUUUAUU